AUGGCUCUCGAGUCAUUCAUGCGAGAAUUAGGUCAGUCAGGUCAAAACUCACGCCAUGCCGAUACGUCAACGUCCCGCAAACUAUACACGUUAGCCUCCUACAUGGUCGCGCGACGAGCACCAAGUGCACCUCUCACCGCUAGAGGUGUUGUGCUAAGAGACGAUGCGACUGAGGGAACGCGCGAACCGGUCGCCCUCCGCAGGCGAUUUGAAGCCCUCCUCGCGACGCCACUGCGCGCGCAUCAACUGCGACCAGAUAAUGCCGCCCUGUCUGAUGUCGACGGUUUGGAGAGUAUAAAACAUUUUAAGAAUAGGUCCUUCAAGCCGGAUCUCAAUCAAGUAACCAAAACCAAAUGUUCGAGGCUAGGACUACACUACUUAUUUGAAUUUAGUUAUAAUAAAGUGCUUAUAUUUUGUUUCAAUUGGACAUUUUAG